AUGUCCCAAAAAGAUGUCUUUGACGACGGGGAGCUUCCUCCCCCGUAUACCGAAUCAGGUCCAUCAACAUCAACACCCAUAUCUGAACCACGACAAUCAGUAACGACCAUCUUCCAUUCCCAUCUCCAAAAUCUUCCCUUGCGUAUUCAUUCUGUUCAAGCAGCUCGCACAUCAGCGCGCGAUCAACGCGACAGCGAGAUACUCACCCUUCUCGUUCCCCAUGUCGAAGAAAUGCUCUCGUCUAUUGCAGCCAAAGAUUCACCUCCCAGGUUGACAGAAACAAUCUUGGUUCCAGGGGACGCUGUCGGAGAAGAAUGGUUCUUCAGCGAUGAAGAUGAGUCCCAAACAGUUGUACGUGUAAGAGAAGAUCCCAAGUUAGUAGGCGAUCAGAAACGACCGCCCAAGCGAGAGGUCGAACCACGCAAGGAGAGAGCCUUUGAUGACUGGGGAAGAUGGGAAGACAACACCACUCAAGACUCUUCCUCAGACAACGUCCUCUGGUGGUCAGAUCACGAUAUGGCUAUCCGGUUAGCAAAGUACAUAUCGCCCGAAAGAGUUGAUCGACAGGUCGUCAAAGCGCAUGUCGAGCAGACCAAGAAGUCUUCAGGAUGGGGUUUUCUCAAGAAAAACAAGCCGCAGACCCCAGAACCACCAAAACCCAAGGUACAGGAGGAAGAUCCCGUUACUAUGAUUGUCAAGGCUGAGGAGGUUACUUUCAGGAAAGAGAACGAGAUGGGCAUCUGGGAAGGAAAGACAGGAUGGGGGUUAGUGAUCAAAGUGAAGAUACGGCAAUGA